AUGGCUGUUAACGAAGUUAUUCCUGGUCAGGGUUCCGACAAGAUCGACGAAUUCAAUGAGGAAAAGAAGCUCUCGCAAACGCAACGAAAAGAUGAAGAUGUCGAGCGUAGCUCAGUAACGACCGAAAAGAUGGAUCAAGUCGAGGAGAAAGUGCUGGAACCUCGAGAUCCAAAUUUGGUCGAUUGGGAUGGCCCUGAUGAUCCAGAAAAUCCGAUAAAUUGGACAUCCAAGCGAAAGGCUAUUGUCACCGUCUCCAUAGCACUGAUUACAUUCUUGACGCCCCUGGGUUCAUCCAUGUUUGCGCCCGGUGUCCCCAAUGUCAUGCGGGACUUCAAAUCUAGUAAUGAAUCUCUUGCGGCAUUUGUCGUACCGGUAUAUCUGUUAAGCUACUGUUUUGGUCCACUUGUGAUCGCUCCACUGUCCGAGAUGUACGGACGCCAACCACUCUAUACAAUCUGCAACGUACUCUACACCGUCUUCAACGUGGCUUGUGCCCUGGCCCCAGAGAUGGGCAGCUUGAUUGUGUUUCGGUUCAUUUCAGGACUUGCUGGCAGUUGUCCAUUGACUCUAGGCGCCGGUUCACUCGCAGAUAUGAUUCCACAGGAAAAGCGUGGUGCUGCCAUGGCUGUGUGGGCGCUAGGUCCUCUCCUAGGGCCUGUUAUCGGACCUGUUGCUGGCGGCUAUCUCACCCAAGCCAAAGGGUGGUGGUGGACGUUUUGGGUUCUGGCCAUAGCGGGAGGCGCUGUGACCAUUUCAUCACUGAUCUCAUUGCGUGAAUCUUAUGCUUAUGUCAUUCUUGACCGCAAGGCUAAACGACUGCGAAAGGAGACCGGCAAUCCCAAUCUUCGUUCAGUAUUAGACACAGGACGGACACCGAAGCAACUAUUCAUGUUCUCCAUCGUUCGCCCAACAAAAAUGCUCUUCAUGUCACCAAUAGUGUUCCUGUUGUCACUAUACGUCGCAGUCAUCUACGGAUACCUCUAUCUACUCUUCACAACAAUACCAAACGUCUUCGAGGUUCAAUAUGGUUUCUCUCAGGGUUCUGUUGGUCUCCCAUACUUGGGUACCGGUGUUGGUUUAUUGAUUGGUCUGGUCAUUCUCGGUGCCACUUCAGAUCGUCUUUUGAAACGUUUGACAAGGUCUAACGGCGGGGUCUCGAAAACGGAAUAUCGAUUACCUCCAAUGUUCUUCGGAUCCUGGCUUGUCCCCAUGGCCCUUUCUGGUAUGGUUGGACUGCGGAAAAGAAGGAUGCUUGGAUAUUGCCUAUCUUGCGCACAUCUUUCCUUGGUAUUGGGAUGAUUAUUGCCUUUAUGUCGACAACAACAUAUCUUGUUGAUGCUUACACAGUAUACUCAGCCUCCGCGAUGGCCGCAUACACGUUGCUUCGAUCUCUCAUGGGUGCGCUUUUGCCCCCAGCAGGAGGGAGGAUGUAUCGAACUCUAGGCCUAGGGUGGGGAAAUUCCUUGCUUGGAUUCAUUGCAUUGACACUGGCGCCUAUACCGUUAGUUUUCUAUCGGUGGGGGGAACGGAUACGCAACAGCAAGCUCUUCAAGGUUGAAUUCUAGCGGUGCAAAGACAUUGGCACAGGUCGCUAUUUAUCUAGAUCUGAUUUUGUAUGUUUGAAUAGAAACUAAUAUUAAGUAAUCUAUUUGACAGAGUUU